CUCGCUGUACACAUCUGCUUCAGUUCUCUAAUAUUUUGACAUUUCGUUUGUUUGUUUUGCUUUGUGUGUCAUACUUUUGUGUUGAAAGAUUGUGUUUUGAUAAAAUAAUAAAGCAGAUUGCGUUUUACUAAAAAAAAUAAUAAAAAUGAGUGCUCCGCAAAGUUUAUCGGUUAUAGAAAUACGUAAAUUUAUGAUAGAUAAUGGUUGUAAAGUAACUAAUCAUGCAUUGGUGAAGCAUUUUAAGCGUUUUCUGACGCACCCAGAGACACAAAGUGAAGCACGGAAAGAGUUUAAAACUUAUGUAAAUAUCUUGGCCACAGUUAAAAAUGAAAACAAUCAAAAAUAUUUAAUACUACGUAAAAAAUAUUUGAAUGAAUGUCCAACUGAGGAUGCUGUACAACGUGCUGUUGCUGCUGCAGCUUUAAGUCCGGUACCAAAUAGUCCAGGAGGUAUAUCAAUUAUAUCAGAUAGUGUUAUCGCUUCACCACUUCGACAGCCUCCACCGUAUAUACCACCACCUGAAGUUGGUACAACGCCGACAACAUCCAAAUCACAAAAUAUGUUACCAACCAACGCCAGUGGAGUUGGUAUUGAGCAGGAACAUGCUGAAAAUUAUCGUGAAUGUGUUUCUGAAUUUGAAACUGCUGUACUUAAAAUAGAUGCAGCUCGUAAACUGAAAAGUGACAAAGUGGAACAAGAACCAGUUGUGGAAUGUAUUAAUGAAAAUGUUGUAGAAACGCGUGCUAAAAGUAUAUCACGCCAAGCGUCAACAGAAGAUCCACAAAGUAAUAAAGAAAAUAUACCGCGAUUUUCAUUCUCAUCAAGUGCCUCUGGUACUUCAGUAGAUAGUGCUAAUGUUGACAAAGUUUCUGGUUCUGAUGUAGAUGCUGGUGAUAAUCCAAUAAGUGUUAAAGAAGCUACUCGCAAAUUUAAUCGCAUGGCAUCUGAAGAGGAAGCCAAACUUUUGUCACCAUCUUCUAAAAAAAAACCUGAUAAGGAUUUCAUUGAAGAGAAACAUGAACCUGAAGUAACAGUGACACAUCCAAAAGCGAAAGAAUGGAUUGUUGCAAUGGCGAAAGCCAGCUACCAGGAUUUAGCCAAAUUAGCAAAGGAGUAUCCGGAAUUAGUAAAAUUAUCGGUAAGUUUAAGAAGUCAUAUACCUACUAAAAAAAUAUAA